UUUAAAAAGUGAAGUGUUGAGUGUUCUAGAAUAUCGUUUGUGAAGUGUGAGUGACCAUGACGUCAUAUCCGGAGCAUUUCAACGAUACCGUGGUGAAGGUGGUGGAUGAAGGGUUUCCACUCCUCAUGCCGAGGUGGGGGUAUGUGGUCUCCGCAUUUGUGCUGUUCCUCAUUGGAUUUUUUGGGUUCUUCCUGAAUCUGAUGGUUAUAUUACUCAUGUUUAAGGAUCGACAGCUAUGGACACCGCUCAACAUAAUCUUGUUCAACCUGGUCUGUUCGGAUUUCUCCGUGUCCGUCCUAGGGAACCCGUUCACGCUCAUAUCAGCACUGUUCCAUCGGUGGAUCUUCGGAAAGACCAUGUGUGUGUUGUACGGGUUCUUCAUGGCUCUUUUAGGAAUAACUUCAAUAACUACGUUAACAGUAAUAUCUUUCGAGAGGUAUAUGAUGGUGACUAGGCCUCUAAAUUCGAGGCAUCUGAGUUCUAAAGGUGCUAUAAUGUCUAUAGUGUUCAUUUGGACGUACUCGUUGGCGCUUACCACUCCGCCCCUGAUGGGUUGGGGGCAUUACGUCAAUGAAGCUGCUAAUAUAAGUUGUUCGGUGAACUGGCACGAGCAGUCCAUGAACACGCUGACAUACAUAAUGUUCCUGUUCGCGAUGGGGCAGAUAGUGCCUCUAGCUGUCAUCACCUUCAGCUACGUCAAUAUCAUCAGGACUUUGAAGAGGAAUUCUCAGCGUUUAGGCCGAGUAUCCCGAGCAGAAGCAAAGGCCACAGCCAUGGUGUUCAUAAUGAUAGUGUCCUUCACCGUCGCGUGGACACCCUACUCGCUGUUCGCGUUAAUGGAGCAGUUUGCCACAGAAGGCAUCGUCUCACCAGGAGCUGGAGUCAUACCAGCACUAGUCGCCAAGAGUUCCAUAUGCUACGACCCACUCAUUUACGUCGGCAUGAAUACACAAUUCAGAAACUCAAUCAAAAGGAUAUUCGGAAUCCAUACCAAGAGCAAGAAUUCUCAAGCUGAAAAAGGUUAUAACAAUACUCUAACGUCGCCGGCCAACAAAUUAUCCAGCCUCAACAAUACCACUCGCUUCAAUUCAUCAGAAACCAAUUUAUCCAGUACGCACAAACAUUCCAAAGGUAAAAAAAUCAUUUUCAACGAAGACGUAUCAGAAAUGACAACUAACGAAUAUCACCGAACGUUCACGAGAGAUCCCGAUCUCUGCACCAUACCAGAGAGUAGAAACUCAGACGCCGAGAGGUCUGGCGACACCGUAUACGAUGAAGAUAGUAGUAACAAUAGCAAUGUUAAAAAACUAGACCUGUUCGGAGAAUCCUGCAAAGUGAUUAAUGAAAGAUCGCCAGUGUUAACUUUUAUGGACUCUGAACGCUUACUGUUCACGAAAGCCCCCGAGCACGUGUGCGCCGAGGCGAGCGCCAGCAAUGUGUUCGGCAACGAGGCGUAUGAAGAUCAUUCGACCGACAAAACCAAUAAAGACCCUCACCAAAUUGAAGCCGACCAACAAAACGCCGAAACGCAAAAGAUAAUACGGCAAAGUUACUCCUUAGACUUUCCUCGCCUAGCCAAUGAUAAUAAAAAAAGAAAACUCUCGAUAGAAACAAAAUUGGAAAGUUUUAUUCAACCGAAAGGUUUUUUCAAGGAUACUAUUAAUAAACUAUUUGAUCAGGAGUCGAAGCAAGGUCAUGACAAACUCAAAAGUUAUCUAUGUGAGACAAAGGAGGAAAUUGGGCACGACAACUUGUAGUUCUAGAGAGGCAUCACUCUUGUGGGAUCAAUGUCAAAUUAUUAGAAAAUAUCGGUAUACUGACAGGGAGAUAUUGUAUUCACUUUAAAUAUCGAUAAGCGAUUUCAGUCUAGUGUCGCCGCACUAACGACUAACCAGAUUAAUGGAAGCGUCUGCACAGAAGAAAUUGCACUAGAUUCAAUUUCAGUAUCAUUUACAAUGUCUAGAAAUAAUCUGAAUAGACAAAGCUUUUCUGUCUUUAAUCGAAGAAAAAAGGUUUUUGCACCUGGCAAUUCUCAAAACUAUUUCGAUAGUAAAAAAGCAAAUGUUCUAAAAGUAUAUUCAAAGAGGGUAGAGCGGUGCUGACCUACAGUGAAACGUACGUACUUUCAUAAGAAUGACGGUAUUAGUCAAAGAUCUGUGAUAUAGAUACGAGUGCCAAGGUAAAAAAUAAGAAAAUUUAUUUUUGGGAACGAAAAAAAUGUAGAAUUAAGUAUUAUAAUAUAAAUAAUUGUUCUAGAUUAUGAUAGCUUUAUAAGAAUUAGGUGAUUUUAGUUGCUUUUUGUCGCACAUAUGUUGAUAGUAAGUUUCAUUUAAUAACUGUCAUGUCAGACCAUUUGCUGCGUCAUCGAGAUAUAUUGAGUGAAUUUGCUACAGUUAAUUUAUUUCGCUGUUGACGUUUGCUAUUUGCUACAGAAUAAAUUACUAUUAGAUAUUAUUAAUCGGCAAUUUGUAAUGGACAGAAAUAAAUAUAUUUUUAUCGACAAACUUGAAAAUCGAUACGUUAGUUUGCCAAAAUUGUAAUUCGUGACUAAAAUUGCCUAUUGAGUACCAAGUGUUAUGUUAGGAUACUCGUAAUAUCGGUAAUUAAGUACGUAAAUUUUGCCUGCGUAGGAUUAAUAACAAUAGGUUAAAUAAAUUGCGAGUCGUGCCAGAUAUUAAAACGUGUAAGUGUUAACAAUUUUAAACGACAUUUGUGUAUUACGUGGGUACCGGGAUAAUUUAAUAUUAAUUGCCUAGUAAUAAUUAGAUUAGUUGUAAUAUUGAGUUGAGAAACUUGUUAACCUUUCAGAAAAAAAUAAAAAUAUGAACACUUACAUACUUUAAUUUUGAAUGAUUAAAUAAAAUAUACAAAUGUCGUUAAAUGUUUUGUGUAAGGUGGUGCUGGAAAGCGUGAAAAUGAAUUUAAAUAAUUGGGAUUGCUCUAGUUCGAAUAUCAUUUUUAUAUAAAUAUGUUGCUCAUAAUGUUUAAAUUGUAUGUCUUAGAUUUUUUAUUGUAUUUAAUAAAAUGAAUUAAAGAAA